CCAACAGCCUGCGGAGCAACAUGCCUAAGUUUUAUUGUGACUACUGUGAUACGUAUCUGACCCAUGAUUCUCCAUCUGUGAGAAAGACACACUGCAGUGGUCGAAAACACAAAGAGAAUGUGAAAGACUACUACCAGAAAUGGAUGGAAGAGCAGGCCCAGAGCCUGAUUGACAAAACAACGGCUGCAUUUCAACAAGGAAAGAUACUUCCAGCUCCAUUCUCUGCUCCUCCUCCUGCAGGGGCCAUGAUCCCACCUCCCCCCAGUCUCCCGGGUCCUCCUUGCCCUGGCAUGAUGCCUGCACCCCACAUGGGAGGCCCUCCCAUGAUGCCAAUAAUGGGCCCUCCUCCUCCUGGGAUGAUGCCCGUGGGACCUGCUUCUGGAAUGAGGCCACCCAUGGGAGGCCACAUGCCCGUGAUGCCCGGGCCUCCAAUGAUGAGACCUCCUGCUCAGCCCAUGAUGGUGCCCACUCGGCCUAGCAUGACUCGGCCAGACAGAGAAGAGCAGAAAGGCUCUUUAUCAAUUUUGUACUUCUUGUUCUGUUUCACCAGGAAAUGACGGUGCUGAGCCUGAGUGUUUUCUAGCUGCAUGACAGGAAGGCUUCCCCUUCUGAACAGAGAGAAGUGGGACAAAAAAAAGUGCAGCUUUCACUGACAUUGUGAAAUAUGGAAAUAAAAUUGUCAGCUGUUUUAGUUAAAAAA